CCUGAUGAUUCGCUAAAGGCAUUUUCAAAUAUUCGGAGUCUGUUGUGGGAACGGGCUGUUAAAACGAAUGACGGUGAGAUAUUGGGUCCGAAACGAGGAAUCAAACGCGAGAAAUGUAACUCAAGCGUGGCUGAUGAGGCAUCUUCGUUGACAUCAACAACGUCAAGAAAUAAGCAGUCUUCUGGCAUUAAAGAUGUCAAGAAUGAACCGUCUUGUUCGGGUUUGCAGAGUGGCAACACCUCAGCAAAGGUUCCUUCCUCUGCAACACAACGUUCUCGUCGACCCAGCACAUCAGCCACUCAGGUGACGAAUACACGUAAAAGAGUAAUCAACGACCCAGGCAUCGCUCCAUCAGAUGGUUCAUCUAGCACUAAACGCUCAAAAACUGUGCCUACACCAGCAUCGCUCUCGCANCGAUCCACUCGUCCGAGGCGUUCCUCGGUGCUCACACCGAACACUUCAUCCGCAUUCAAGGGCUAUCGUUCCAGACCCGUUAUGAGUCCAUCGAAUGAACUCACAACCACUGACAAUAAUUCAUCAGCAGUCGACGAGUCAGCGAGUUCGGCUGCCGAAGAGUGUUCGUCGUGGUCUCGAAGGUCUGCAGCAAACAGUACGACGUAUUCAGUUCGUCAGCGUCGCACGACACGAUCAGCAUCGCGACCAUUCGCCUCACGACGGCGGUCCUCACGUCGUCGCGAACCUUUUAUUGAUACCGUCGAAAUAGGUCAAGAUUUUCAACAUGAUGACAUUAUCUGGGUUGAAGAUCAAGAGUCACGUACCGUUGGUCAUGUUAUUGAUAUUUGUUUGAAGGUAUUGCUGGAUUCUUAUCCAGUUGAUGAAAUGCUGGCAAAACGUCCAAGAACAGAUCCAGGACAGUAUAUUUUGGUGCAGCUAUUCGAUAAGCAUCAUACGUGGCGUUGGGUACCGCUAAAAUGUGUUUCACAUUGUGAUUUGUCGAAAGCAAAUUCAUUCACUUCAUCACACUCAUCCGCUAUGCAGUCUGCCAUCAACGAAGCACGCAAAUUUCGUGACGCUCGUCUUUGA